CCUGCACAAAACAGAAAGAAGAAGAAAAACGACAAAGAAGACGUCUUGUACUUCCUGGAUGAAAUGAUUUAAAGUUGUUUAGAAUGUGCUCGUCGCCGUCUUCUUGUAGUCAUGAAAGUCAUCAGUUUGAUGUAAUUGUAUGUCGCUCCUCUUUUUACAGCUCGUCCGUUUUUGCACGAAGUGAUGCAAUAUGGCGCUAACCCGAGCAGUAGUCAUUCGGUGUUUUCUCGCGAGGUUAAGGACACAAGCCCGGUGUCAAAGCCGAAGAAUUGUUCAUCUGACUGACACAGCAGGCAGCUGUCGGCCCAGCGCAGUAGUUGUACUCAACCACCAAGGAACUGGGGAAAACGAACCACUAGGCCGGAAAGCUUCUUAUUGGGACAAGAAAGGAGGCGACCAUGACCACCACAGCCACUCAUUACUCCUUCAGGCGGUGUCCGUUGGUAUGGGACUCUGUGGCGCUGUGCUUGUGGACACUAAAGAGGACAGACUGGCAAAGCACACAAAAUUACAUGAUGUACUUGAACGCAUUCUGCCGUCAGCAGAGUGCGCGUCCCCGUUUAAACCGGACAGUCCUCGGUAUAAAUACAACUUUAUAGCAGAUGUCGUCGAAAAGUCCACUCCUGCGGUGGUCUACGUCGAAAUCAUGGGCAGACAUCCAUUUUCAGGGAGGGAGAUGGCCGUGUCCAAUGGUUCCGGUUUCAUUAUCAGCAGUGAUGGACUCAUAGUGACCAAUGCUCACGUGGUGGCCAACAAGAGAGGGGUCCGCGUCAAGUUGACCAAUGGAGAAACGUACAACGCCAUCGUGCAGGAUGUGGACCAAGUGGCGGACAUCGCAACCAUUAAAAUCUCUGCAAAGAAUCCUUUACCCACACUCGCACUCGGCCGGUCGUCUGAUGUCCGUCAAGGAGAGUUUGUGGUGGCCAUGGGAAGCCCGUUUGCUUUACGGAACACCAUUACAUCAGGGAUCAUCAGCUCAGUGCAGAGGGGCAGUAAGGAGCUGGGCCUGUCCAAUCCCAACAUGGAGUACAUACAGACGGAUGCAGCCAUUGACUUUGGGAAUUCCGGAGGGCCACUCAUCAACCUGGAUGGCGAGGUCAUCGGAAUAAACACCAUGAAAGUCACUGCAGGGAUCUCCUUCGCAAUCCCAUCCGAUCGCCUCAGAUCUUUUCUUGAUCAAGCUGCAAACAGAAAAAAAGGCUCCUGGUUUGGCCAGUCUGAGACAAGGCGGCGCUACAUUGGCGUCAUGAUGCUAACGCUCACACCAAGCAUAAUUUCAGAGCUUAAGUUGAGGGAUCCGUCUUUCCCAGAUGUAACCCAUGGAAUUUUGAUCCACAGAGUCAUCAUUGGCUCCCCUGCAAACAGAGCUGGCCUGUUGCCAGGAGACGUUGUCCUGAGAAUCAAUGGUGUGAUGGUCAACACCUCAGAGGAGAUCUACACUGCCAUCCGCAGCAGCGAUAAGAUCACCAUGGUGGUGCAGAGAGGACAAGAGCAGCUUCAACUGCAAAUGAUUCCUGAGUUCACGGAGUGACUGCAACCAAAACACGUUCCUCUAAUGUCUGCCUGACAGAUUGCCAUGGGACUAAUUUGUGGAACGUGAGUCAAACCCGUUGGUCAUCAUGGCUGAAAUUAAAGGUUUUCUAAAAGUUUAA